AUGGUAACCGGAGGUUUAGUAAUGAUUACUGAUGUUCAAGGAUGGAAACUAGAGGUAGGUCAAUAUGUGAUGACUGAUCCUAUUGUAUUUUCUAAAGAACGAAAUUCCUUAGGACUUAUUGAUUGGGGGGACGAAGGGAUGAAAAAAUGGAUUUAGAAUCAUGAAUGCAAUAAAAUUUGUCAUUCAAUCAGUAUGGAAAGAGACGAAGAGCUCAUUUAAAAUCUUCAAACCUAUUUAGACAAAUUUAAAAGCAAAAAGCUUUAAGACUUGCUGUUUGAACUCGAUAUUAUCACAGGAAAAUAACCUUAAGACACAAAUGAAUGA